CCUCAGGCUCAUUCAGAAAGACCCAAACAUCAAGUACCAACUCUGCUACCUUCAUUAUACCUAAAGUGAACUUUGAUAACGAAGGAUCGUACCAGUGUCAGUAUCAGACAAGUGUUUCAAGACGAGACUUCAGCUCCCCUUUAAGUGACUCUGUCAGACUCUCUGUUACUGUGAGACUUCCAAAGCCCAGCAUCUCCAUGAAUCCUGCUGGUGUGGUUACCUGGGGUCAGGACAUCAGCAUCACUUGUUCCAUCUCAACUCAGCAUUUAGGUGGAACAUUCAUCCUGAUGAAAACCUCCAGCUCCUUCAGAACGACCAAAACAUCAAGUACCAACUCUGCUACCUUCAUUAUACCUAAAGUGAACUUUGAUAACGAAGGAUCGUACCAGUGUCAGUAUCAGACAAGUGUUUCAAGACGAGACUUCAGCUCCCCUUUAAGUGACUCUGUCAGAUUCUCUGUUACUGUGAGACUUCCAAAGCCCAGCAUCUCCAUGAAUCCUGCUGGUGAGGUUACCUGGGGUCAGGACGUCAGCGUCACUUGUUCGAUCUCAACUCAGCAUUUAGGUGGAACGUUCAUCCUGAUGAAAACCUCCAGCUCCUUCAGAACGACCAAAACAUCAAGUACCAACUCUGCUACCCUCAUUAUACCUAAAGUGAACUUUGAUAACGAAGGAUCGUACCAGUGUCAGUAUCAGACAAGUGUUUCAAGACGAGACUUCAGCUCCCCUUUAAGUGACUCUGUCAGAUUCUCUGUUACUGUGAGACUUCCAAAGCCCAGCAUCUCCAUGAAUCCUGCUGGUGAGGUUACCUGGGGUCAGGACGUCAGCGUCACUUGUUUGAUCUCAACUCAGCAUUUAGGUGGAACAUUCAUCCUGAUGAAAACCUCCAGCUCCUUCAGAAAGACCCAAACAUCAAGUACCAACUCUGCUACCCUCAUUAUACCUAAAGUGAACUUUGAUAACGAAGGAUCGUACCAGUGUCAGUAUCAGACAAGUGUUUCAAGACGAGACUUCAGCUCCCCUUUAAGUGACUCUGUCAGACUCUCUGUUACUGUGAGACUGCAGCCGCCCAGCAUCUCCCUGACGUCUCCUAACAGAGGUUCAGAGGUCACCAGGGGUGACAGCUUUGUCUUCACCUGCUCCACUUCCUCCCACUAUCCCACUGGUGUUUUCUUCCUCAUCUUCUCUGGCUCCAACAUCACUGACCCCAAGCCAGCAGUCAACCACUCAGCCUCCUUUAACUUCCCUGCUGCUGAGUACGAACACCAGGGCAACUACAGCUGUGUGUAUGAAGUCACAUGGUCUACAUGGAAAUACACUUCUCCCAUGGCUGCACCAGUUAGUGUCCUCAUCAAAAUGCCUUUGUUGCCGCUGGUCUCCUCAGUAGCAGGUGGGGGUCUGCUGCUGCUCCUGCUGGUCUUGGUGGUGGUCUACCUGGUUAUCAGUAGAAGACAGCAAGCCAGGCAGCCAGAAAUCCUCGUCCAAACUCAAUUGUCUGUCAGAGGCAGUAAUGAUUAUGAAUAUAACGAGGAUGAGGAGGAGGAGGAGGAGGACUAUGUGAAUGUUGAUUCAGUAUGCACCAAGGGGAAAAUCAAAGAGGAAGCAGGGAGAGGGGAAGAAGAGGAGAGUGAUGAAGAUCUUGAUUAUGAGGAAGCUGGCCCCACUGCAAAUUCUAUAAAGGCCACACUGGUCUGUUUCGGUGUAAAUGACAACAGAGAAGAAGAAGAACAACAAGCAAAAGAAGAAGAAAGCAGUGAUGAUGAAGAUACGUAUGUAAAUUUAACCAAGCCAUUUGUUAAACAAACUGCGGACAUUUAUGGAGAAAAUGAUGAUUUCGAUAUAUAUUAA